AUGCCGUCUUAUGUAAGAGAGUGUAGCCUCCUUGCCUGGACAUGUGCACAGGAGCCGGCAGCCUGUGUCGCCAUUGACUCCAGUGAGUGCCACUGUAAUGAACACCCAUUUUCCACACAGCAGUGGUCCUUGCGUGCAAGGAGUCUGACUGCGUGGUACGCACCACCGCUUGACACGGCACAGCUCCUGAACAACUCAGAGGUGCGCCACCUAGUGCUGAUCAUGUGAAGCACAACUAGGGACGGGCCUUUGGUUGAAGGUGAGCAGACAGCCAAAGGCGGGUCACCACCUUCUGACCAUUUCACAGUGCGGAAGCUGGAGAGGCUAACCAUCUCGUACCCAUCCCAGGGGGCAGGGCACAGUGUUAUGCUGGGCGGGGACAUGGGAGCACCCUACCAUGAAGAGGAAAGGAUAGCUGUCAUUCACACACCUCUGCUGGCUUGCAAGGGUGGGCUGAAAGGGUAUACAGUGAAAACUUGUGUGGAUAGCUAUGGCCUAAUGCCCAUUCAUGUCUCUUGA